AUGCCAAAGGGCUCCCAACUCACACAGCUCAAGUCUGCCCUCUCCCAGGCAGGCCUCACGAAACAGCAGCAGCAGCAGUCUGGAAAGAAACGCAAGCGCGCCCAGUCGGAGGAAAAGGACAGGGAAAAGCGCGCCGCCAAGCUCCAGGAUAUCCAGCAAAAAUUCAACCCGUUCGACGUCAAGGUCACCAAGCUCAAGCACGACGUCGGCGGGCGCAAGCUCAAGGGCGUCGUCGGAAAGCCUGCGCAGAGCAAGCAGGCUGGCAUCGACCAGCGCAAAAAAACUCUGCUCAAGGAGUUUGAGGAGAAAGAUAGGGUCGGCGGGAUCGUGGACAGGCGGUUUGGAGAGAAUGAUCCGACGAUGACACCCGAGGAGCGCAUGCUCGAGCGCUUCACGCGCGAGAGGCAGCGCACGUCCAGGGGCGUCGCGUUCAAUCUCGAGGACGAGGGCGAGCUCACCCAUUACGGGCAGAGCCUCUCCAAGCUCGAUGAUUUUGACAACGUGGGGCUCAACCUCGACGACGAAGAAGAGGAUGAAAGAGGUCACAUUGACAGUGAGACGGUGAAGAGAGUGCAUUUCGGUGGGUUCGAUGAUGAGGAGGAGGGAGGCGACGACGAAGACGAGCCCGCGCGCAAGAAAUCAAAAGCCGAGGUCAUGGCGGAGGUCAUGGCCAAAAGCAAAGAACACAAACUCCAACGCCAAAUGGACCGAGAAAAGGACGACAACAUCCGCCACGAGCUCGAUCUAGAGCUCGAUUCCAUCCGGUCCCUCCUCGCCGCGCCCGAUCCCUUGUCGGCGUCCCUCGCGAAAGCGGACGCUGGGCCUCUCGCCGUGCCCAAGACGGACGCCGACCGAGCGUACGACCAGUUCGUGCGCGAGUUCGCGUUCGACAAGCGCGCGCGGCCGAAGGACCGGACUAAGACAGAGGAGGAGCUGGCUCUGGAGGAGAAGGAGGCGCUGGAGAAGGCGGAGCGGAAGCGCAUCCGGCGGAUGAAUGGGGAGGAGGAGGGGAGCGACGAGGAGGGCCCGAGUCUCGGGAAGCGGAAAAGGAAGGGAGGCGGGAAGUCUGCGGACGAUUUGGAGGACGAUUUCUAUGAUGAGGAUAAAGAUUGGGGUGCAUUGGGGGCUGGUUUAGAGGGCGUGAAUGAGGGCGGUGAGGACCAGGAUGAGGACGAGGAGGAUGAGGACGAGGAUGAGGAGGAAGAAGGCGAAGGCGAGGACGAAGACGAAGACUCAGAGACCGGAGGUGAUGGCGAGGAUAGUGAAGAAGACGUGGAGGAGGCAGAAGGGUCUGAAAAGACGGCGGACGACUUUGUAUCGUCGAAAAAACGUCCCGCACCGAGAGUGAAGGUAAAGGAGCUCCCGUUCACUUUUCCUUGUCCGGCCACGCACGAAGAGCUUCUCAACGUCGUUGAGGGCUUCGAGGACAAGGACAUCCCCACCAUCGUUCAGCGCAUACGGACAUUGCACCAUCCAAGCCUUGGCGAAGACAACAAGUUCAAGCUUCAGGCAUUGGCAGGCGUUCUCAUUGACUACAUCCUCUACAUCACGGCGCCGCCGGCCCCUCGCUUUACCCUCCUUACUUCUCUCCUCCCCCAUCUCUUCGCGCUCACAAAAUCAUACCCUAUACAAUCGGCAGAGUACUUCCUUGCGAAGCUCUCUCUGAUGCAGAAAAAUCUCAAACGAGGACUCUCUCGCGGAGCAACCGAACCCGACGCGAGGACGUGGCCGGGUAUUCCAGAGCUGGCCUUGCUCCGUAUCAUAGGGUCUGUGUGGUCGGCCAGCGACAUGAAUCACCACGUCGUGUCGCCCGCCCGACUGCUCAUGGGCUCGUAUCUCGGACUCUGCCGCGUCCGAUCGUUACAGGACAUCGCGAGCGGCCUCUUUCUGUGCACGCUGUUCUUACAGUACGAAGAGCUGUCGAAGCGGUUUGUCCCGGAGGCGCUCAACUUCACUGUGAACGCCGUGCUGCACCUCGCCCCGCACGGGUUCAAAGACGUAGCAAAGCUGCCCGGGUCGUUUCCCUCUCCGGACUUCGGGUCGCAGCGCUGUAAAUCUCUGUCUAUAGACGCCAAACAAGCAAAGAAGCUGUCGAUCGGCUCGCCUGAUCUGUCGAAGAUCCUUGGGGAGCAGAGGCAGGACGAGCAGACCAAGGUGAACCUGUUGGGCCUCUCGAUCGAGCUUCUGAGUCGGUUUGCGGACAUGUACAAGGGCCUGGACGCGUUCAUCGAGUUGUAUCAGCCGGUCCUCAGUGUCCUAGAGGGCGUCAAGCGAGAUAAACUCUCUGAUGAACUUCAGACACGUUUAUCGACAAUCACAGACGCUCUGACCCGGCUCCUCAAAUUCUCGCGCCAGGCCCGUCGCCCACUGCUCCUGCAAGCCCACAAGCGCAUCCCGAUCCCAUCGUACAUUCCAAAAUUCGAAUCGUCGUCAUCCUCAUACCUGCGCGCGCAGGACCCGGACCACGAGCGGAACGAGGCGUCGAAGCUGCGGAAGCAGUACAAGGAGGAGCGCAAGGGCGCGAUCCGCGAGCUGCGCAAGGACGCGCGGUUCCUCGCGGGCGUGGAGCAGAAGAAGCAGCAGGAGAAGGAUAAGGCAUAUUCGUUGCGCAUGAAGCACGUGUUUGGGUCCAUCGAGGGCGAGCGGGCGGAGGAGAAGGCGCUGGAGAGGGAGAAGGCGCGGGACAAGAGGCGGGCUGGGAAGAAAAAGUGAGGGGUUUGGUGUUCAGCGCGUGGUACCUAUCGUUGUCCAGGUUUUUGGUUGAAUUAUGCACUCCUGGAUGGCGGCGAAUUUGGUUUU